AGUAGCGUACAUAUACAGGUAUCAUCUAUCCUUGCAUCUUUGUCAUGAUAAGAUAGCCAUCUGGUCAUUUCUUUCCUUCCAGCUUGCGUUUUUCUCAACCCAGUCGGAAGCCAUUGAAAGCAUGGCAAGUGAACAAUUGAGUGGCAGAUGGUCUCUUAAUGGAAUGACUGCCCUUGUUACUGGUGGCACCAGAGGCAUUGGGCAUUCCAUAGUGGAAGAGUUAGCAGGAUUUGGAGCCAUAGUAUACACAUGUUCAAGAAACCAAAAGGAACUUAAUGAAAGGCUGCAAGAAUGGGGAGCAAAGGGUUACAAAGUCUAUGGUUCAACUUGCGAUUUGGCUUCAAGACCAGAAAGAGAGGAACUAAUGAAGAAUGUCUCUUCCACCUUCGACGGCAAGCUGAACAUACUGGUUAACAAUGCAGCGGCAAUUAUCUUGAGAAGAGCAACAGACCUUUCUGCUGAAGAUUUUUCACGUGUAUUGGGAACAAAUCUUGAGGGUCCUUACCACUUGUGUCAACUUGCGUAUCCGCUUCUGAAAGUAUCAGAAGCUAGAAGUAUUGUUUUUAUCUCAUCUGUGGCUGGUGGCACUGCAUUGCCGGGUACUUCAAUUUAUGGAAGUUCAAAAGGUGCAAUUAAUCAACUUACGAAGAGUUUGGCAUGCGAAUGGGCAAAGGACAAGAUCCGCGUCAACACAGUUGCACCACAUGGUGUGAAAACUACUCGUCCAAAACUUGAGGACUAUGAUGAAUCAAUUGCUCUACAGAUGAGGCCUAUUAUGUCUCGGACUCCUCUCCGCCCACUAGCCGAGCCAAAUGAGGUCUCACCACUGGUGGCAUUCCUCAGCCUUCCUGUUGCAUCAUUUAUCACAGGUCAGGUUAUUCAGGUAGAUGGAGGAUACUCAGCAGGUUCCUACUAGGAAAACAUCCCAGAAGUUUGAAUCUUUGUUCCAUAGUUCUGCAGUCAAAACUUGAAAGUUUUGGCAAAAUUGAUUCAAGGUAAAUAUGUGUAAGAACAAAUGUGCAAGGUUGUUUACAAGAGUGUCACUCUACACGUCGUGUAGAUUCUUAUGUUUGUGCAUUUUUGUAUUAAUAAAGAGCAGAAACUUUGUUUUCCAUUAAAAGCUUAAAA